AUGGAGAGAAAUCAGACAUCUGUCACUGAGUUCAUCCUACUGGGGUUUCCCCUUGACACAAAGACUCAGAUGCUCCUCUUUGGGCUCUUCUCCCUGUUCUAUGUCCUCACCCUGCUGGGGAACGGGGUCAUCCUGGGGCUCAUCUCACAGGACUCCAGACUGCACACCCCCAUGUACUUCUUCCUCUCACACCUGGCCAUCGUUGACAUGGCCUAUGCCUGCAGCACGGUGCCCCAGAUGCUGGUCAACCUCCUGAGUCCAGCCAAGCCCAUCUCCUUUGCUGGCUGCAUUACACAGACCUUUCUCUUCUUGAGUUUUGCCCACACCGAGUGUCUUCUCCUGGUGGUGAUGUCCUAUGAUCGGUAUGUGGCCAUCUGCCACCCCCUCCGAUAUUCAGUCAUCAUGAGCUGGAGAGUCUGCAUCACCCUGGCAGUGACUUCUUGGGUUUUUGGAGUCCUCCUGGCCCUAGUCCACCUGCUGUUACUCCUACCGUUACCCUUCUGUGGGCCCCAGAAAGUUAACCACUUUUUCUGUGAGAUCAUAGCUGUUCUCAAGCUGGCCUGUGCAGACACCCAUAUCAAUGAGACCGUGGUUUUGGCUGGGGCAGUGUCUGUGCUGGUGGGACCAUUCUCCUCAAUUGUGGUAUCUUAUAUUCAUAUUCUAUGUGCCAUCCUAAAGAUCCGGUCAGGAGAAGGGCGCCAGAAAGCCUUCUCUACUUGCUCAUCCCACCUCUGUGUGUUUGGGCUCUUUUAUGGCACAGCCAUUAUCAUGUAUGUUGGGCCCCGAUAUGGGGACUCUAAGGAAGGGAAAAAGUACCUUUUGCUAUUUCAUAGCCUUUUCAAUCCCAUGCUCAACCCGCUGAUCUAUAGUCUGAGGAAUAGAGAGGUCAAAGCUGCUCUGAAGAGAAUGCUUCACAAAGAGAGAAGUUGA